AUGUCUGCUACCGUAAUGAAUGCCUUGUUUAUUCUAUCUUCAUUUUCCGUCUUAUGGGUAGUUGCUUUAGCUCACAAACACGAACAUUUUCUUCAAUGUCUCUCUAUACACUCUAGAGACAUUUCUAAGGUCAUAUACACUCCAAUCAAUUCCUCUUAUUCUUCCCUUUUGAGCUCCUAUGCUCUAAACCCUAGAGUCUCCACUCCUGCGACCCCAAACCCUCGUGUCAUCAUCAAACCAUCGCACCUUUCCCACAUUCAAGCUGCCGUGGUUUGCUCCAAAAGCCAUGGCUUCCGAAUCCGAACACGAAGCGGCGGGCACGACGCCGAGGGUCUUUCUUACAUCUCCCACCACCUCCCAUUCAUCGUUGUCGACUUGAAAAAUCUCAACUCCAUCGCGGUCGACAUCGAGAACAACACUGCAUGGGUUCAGUCUGGUGCAACCAUAGGUGAGGUCUAUUACGAAAUUGCUAAGAAAAGUCGAACGCUCGCAUUUCCAGCUGGUGUUUGCCCCACGGUGGGGUUUGGUGGGCACUUGAGUGGCGGUGGCUAUGGGUGGUUGAUGAGAAAAUAUGGGCUUGCGGCGGAUAAUGUGGUGGAUGCUUACUUGGUGGAUGCUUAUGGGAAGGUUUUGGAUAGGGAGGCGAUGGGGGAGGACUUGUUUUGGGCCAUUAGAGGCGGCGGUGGAGGGAGCUUUGGGAUCGUUGUGGGGUGGAAGGUGAAGCUGGUUGCUGUUCCAGCCAUUGUGACAACUUGUCAGCUGGAGAAGAACUUGGACGGAUAUGCAAAGAAGCUUGUAUAUCAAUGGCAAUAUGUUGCCAAUAAAAUGGAUGAAAAUCUACUACUUGGCGUCAACUUGACUGGUGGGAAUCCAACUGAAGGAGCAAAACCAAAUCACAAGGCAACAUUCUUCUCUUUAUUUCUUGGAAACUCACACCAACUCAUUGCAACCAUGAACACAACAUUCCCUCAAUUGGGGUUAACAAACAACGAUUGCCAACAAACAAGCUGGAUACAAUCAACCCUCCUUGCAGCAGGCUUCACAAACAGAGACCCCUUGGAAUUCUUGCUAACCAAAACAUCAUUCAACACCGUCGCCUACAAAAUCAAAUCCGACUACGUCAACAAACCCAUCUCCAAGCAUGCAUUCAAGGGGAUUUGGGACAGAUUAAAGUCCCCAAAAAUGGAAUCUGCACAGCUUUUGUUGUUCCCUUAUGGUGGAAGAAUGAGCCAAAUUCCUACGUGGGAGACUCCUUUUUCACAUAGAGCUGAGUUUAUGUACAAAAUCUCGUACGUUGUGGGGUGGGCAGAGCAAAGCAUGGAGGCAAAUGAGAGGAAUUUGAAUUGGGUUCGAGAAUUUUAUGAGUACAUGAGUCCUUUUGUUUCGAACUCACCCAGGGCUGCCUAUGUUAAUUACAGAGAUCUUGACAUUGGAAUGAACAAUGAGUAUGGUAGCACGAGCUACGAGGAAGCUCGUGUUUGGGGGGAAAUGUACUUUGGGGAUAAUUUCAAGAGGCUUGUGCGUGUUAAGAACAAGGUUGAUCCUUUAAAUUUCUUUAGGCAUGAACAGAGUGUACCUCCUCUCACACUGUCAUAGGCUUAAUUGUCUCGUUUGUAUGGA